CAGAAGGCAAAGGGGGGCUGGGGAGGGCGGCUGAAAGCCGGCCAAGCCUGGUGGCAGUGCUAAACCUGCUUUGAGAGAGAGCGGCCAGGGGAGGGACUUUUUGUAGAGGAGAGAAGGAGAAAAAGAAACUUGAAACUGGCGUCCCUUGUGACACGAGCGUGUCCCGGCCAUCCCCUCCCACCGCGCCGCUCGUUCAAUGAGAGCACGUGAAGAACAUGAGGUUUCCUGCUUGAGAGGGAGGGCAGCGCCGGGCGGAGAGGGAGGAGGAAGGAGGAAGGCGACUUGUGGCUUUGCGGUGUGGUUCACGCCGGGAUCAGAGCUACGAGCGCCUGGGGGUGGGAGCAGAAGGAGAAAGGGCGUCUGAUGCCAGCUGCCAACAUGACAGAAACCCUGCAGCUCCCGGCGCUGCGGGUCCCCGAGCAGCAGGUGCUGGAGGGCGGCUGCGCCUGGUCCAGCUCGUCCACCCCGACCCUGCGCAGGAAGCGCUUCAAGAUGAGGCGGAUGAAGAACGUGCAGGAGCAGAGCCUGGAGGCCGGCAGGUACCCGGAGUCUCCUUCCUCCAGCAAGGAAUUCCUGCAGCUCCCAUCCAUUGAGAUCACCCCCUCCAGUGACGAGGACACCCCCUGGUCCAACUGCUCCACUCCCAGUGCCUCCCCGCGCCGCAAGCGCUUCCUCCUUCGGAAGUGGCUGCGCGUCCGAGAGAAGAAGGAGUGCAGUGAGAGCAGCAGCCAGCAGAGCAGCCAGCAGAGCAGCCACGACGAUGACUCUGCGCGCUUCCUGAGCCCCUCCAUGCGUGAGGACAGUACCGCCAGUAACUCCAACCGCAGCACGCCCGCCUGCUCCCCGAUCCUGCGCAAACGCUCGCGCUCGCCCACGCCGCAGGACGCCCCGGGCGACGCCAUGGUGGAGAAGGGCUCCGACCACUCCUCGGACAAGUCCCCGUCCACGCCGGAGCAGGGUGUCCAGCGGAGCUGCUCCUCCCAGUCAGGCCGCAGCGGGGCCAAGAACUCCAAGAAAAGCCAGAGUUGGUAUAAUGUGUUGAGCCCCACGUACAAGCAGCGCAACGAGGACUUCAGGAAACUCUUCAAGCAGCUCCCGGACACCGAGCGCCUCAUCGUGGAUUACUCGUGUGCUCUCCAGAGGGACAUUCUCCUGCAGGGCCGCCUCUACCUCUCUGAGAACUGGAUCUGCUUCUACAGCAACAUCUUCCGCUGGGAGACCCUGCUGACAGUUCGCUUGAAGGACAUCUGCUCCAUGACCAAGGAGAAGACAGCACGGCUCAUUCCCAAUGCCAUCCAAGUUUGCACUGACACUGAAAAGCACUUUUUUACUUCCUUUGGGGCUCGGGACAGGACGUACAUGAUGAUGUUCAGACUCUGGCAGAAUGCUCUGCUUGACAAGCCCCUGUGCCCCAAGGAGCUCUGGCACUUUGUCCACCAGUGUUAUGGCAACGAGCUGGGGCUGACCAGCGACGACGAAGACUACGUGCCUCCUGAUGAUGACUUCAACACCAUGGGCUACUGCGAAGAAAUCCCCGUGGAGGAGAAUGAAGUCAACGACAGCUCCUCCAAGAGCAGCAUGGAGGCCAAGCCAGAAGCCAGCCCUCAGCUGCCAAAGAAAUCUGUCACUGCCAGCACCCUGACCUCCACGGGCAGCAGUGAAGCCCCAGCCUCGUUCGAUGGAGUGCUCCCAGAAGAGGAGGAGGCAGUGGCAGAGAGUCCUGUGGAGAAGGACCUUGGCAUUGCCAACAUCAUGGGAGAGAAGAUCGACAUCAUUGGCCCUGUGAACUCCCCCUCCCUGGACUUCAAUGACAACGAGGACAUUCCCACGGAGCUCAGUGACUCCUCAGACACCCACGAUGAAGGAGAAGUCCAGGCCUUUUACGAGGACCUGAACGGGCGCCAGUACGUGAACGAGGUGUUCAACUUCAGCGUGGACAAGCUCUACGACCUGCUCUUCACUGACUCCCAGUUCCAGAGGGACUUCAUGGAGCAGCGCCGCUUCUCUGAUAUUAUCUUUCACCCCUGGAAGAAGGAGGAAAAUGGCAAUCAGACCAGAGUGAUCCUGUACACCAUCACCCUCACCAACCCUCUGGCCCCCAAAACUGCCACAGUCACUGAGACUCAGACAAUGUACAAAGCCAGCCAGGAGAGCGAGUGCUAUGUCAUAGAUGCAGAGGUGCUAACUCACGACGUCCCCUACCACGACUAUUUCUACACCAUUAACCGCUACACGUUGACUCGUGUUGCCAGAAACAAAAGCCGACUCAGGGUUUCCACAGAAUUACGCUACAGGAAACAGCCUUGGGGGCUGGUGAAAUCCUUCAUUGAGAAGAAUUUUUGGAGUGGCCUGGAGGAUUAUUUCCGUCACUUGGAGAGCGAGCUGACCAAAACAGAGAGCACGUACCUGGCGGAGGUGCACAGACAAUCCCCCAAAGAGAAGGUGAGCAAGCAAUCCACGGUGCGGCGGCGGAAACGCGCCCACGCCCACCUGAGGGUGCCACACCUGGAGGAGGUGCUCAGCCCCGUCACCACCCCCACGGAUGAGGAGGUUGCCCAUCGAAUCAAGCACGUGGCAGGUUCCACUCAGACACGGCACAUCCCUGAGGAGAGCCCCAGUGGCUUCCACCUGCAGAGUGUCUCCAAGCUGCUCCUUGUCAUCAGCUUUGUGAUCUGUUUCAGUCUGGUGCUGCUGGUCAUUCUCAACAUGAUGCUGUUCUACAAACUCUGGAUGUUGGAGUACACCACGCAGACGCUGACAGCGUGGCAGGGCCUGAGGCUGCAGGAGAGGUUACCCCAGUCUCAGACAGAGUGGGCCCAGUUGCUGGAGUCCCAGCAGAAGUACCACGACUCAGAGCUGCAGAAAUGGCGCGAGAUCAUCAAAUCCUCCGUGAUGCUCCUGGACCAGAUGAAGGAUUCUCUAAUAAAUCUCCAGAAUGGCAUCGGGUCCCGGGACUUCGGGUCAGAUCCAGAGGAGAAAAGGAAACGUUUCCAUUAACAGGCAGGAAUGCAGGAGGCCAGAGGACGGUGUGCAAUAUGUGUAAAUAGGAUAUAUAAAUAUAUAUAUAAAUAUAUAUAUAUAUACAGAUAUAAAUAUAUAUAUUAUAUACAGAUUUUAAGAGAAAAAAAAGAAAAAAAAAAAGAAAAAAAGCCUAAAGAGGGGAAGGAGUGACCUCCAACACUGGCUGAACUGGAGGGUCUCUGGGAGUGUGGGGGUGUGUGUGGGAGGGCUGUGCUCUCCCAGCACUGAGGUGUGCUUAGGGCCGUGCCCAGCCCUGCUCCCUGGGCCCGUGCACUGCUCCUCUGUGAUAUUCCUGUCUGUCUGUCUGUCUGUUCCUGUUGUCUCAAAGGGAAGCAUCAGUGUGAGUGCCCCCCUGCCCGUCCCCAUCCCCUCCCUGCGCAUGGAGGUCCCUGCUUGGCUCUGCCAUCUCCCACAGGGGACACUGUCACCUCCCUCACCCUGCUGCCUGCAGGCACACAUUGGCAGUCGCAGUCAAUCCCUGCAGAGCUGCUUGGAGAGCAGGGGGAGCUGCUGUGGCUCCGUGGAGGCCCCUGCUGGGGCAGGAAUUUGCUGUCAGGGCAGCCAGGCUGGCUCAGAGAGCAGAGCUCAGAGCUGCAAUCCCUCCCACAACCCCCCUGUGCUCCUCCUGUGUGAUGCUGCAGUGAGAGCCAGGGGAGGGUCUGCCUCCCAGGUGUGUGCACACCUGUGACAGUGUCCCCUUUUCCUAUUCUCUGCUUUCCCUGUGCUUGGGCCCUGCCACUGAGCCAUCCCUGUGCUGCAGGUCUGCAUCGCUGCUGGAAUCACCACGGUGGGAGCACCCAAAUUUAAACACAGAACCAAAAUUAGGGUUGAUUUGCAAGCACUCCCACCACCCAGCUCAGCAAAUCUCUCUCCUGUUUGUUCACCCAGCCCUUGUAUUGUAAAAUCUGUGGGAAAACAGGGGGAAAGACAACAGCUUCCUUUCCUUGCCUGGGAUAAAUGACAUAAUUGUAUCUAUGCAGCACCAGCCAUCACUGUGGAUAUUUAUGUGACUGCAUCCUUGGAGCAACAAGGCUUCCAAAAAUCCAGGAGAGGUCAGGAAGGGUCGCAGGGACCACAGGAGGAGAGGAAAAAGGGCCCAUCAGAGGGUGGCAGGACAGAGCUGGCUGUGAGGCACCUGAGGGGCAGUGCAGCCCUGGGGGCAGCCAGGUGCUAGAGCUGCACUAGAGAACAGCCAGUGUGCAUUUGCACUUCUGCUGGGGCAUAAUUCCAGACUCCAUUAGCAGCCAGACGGGGAAGAGGGGCAGCUUGGCUCUGCUGUGCAGUGCACAAACUCCACAGGGACUGGAGAUGCAGGCUGCUUCUUGGAGUGUUUAAUAAAUGGUUUUGCCUCUCCCCCAGCGGGGUAGGUGAUGAGAAUAUGAGUCCCACUUUGUCCAACAUGAGAAUGUGAGUCCCACUUUGUCCAGCACUGGGAUUUUUCCACCUUCUGGCUGGCAGCUGCACAUCCCCAGUUUGGAACAGUGCAGUUGCAGCUCCUCCAGGUCUCACACCAUUCUGUGGCACAGAAUAUCCUCAGUGCAGCCUGAGGAAAGCCCUCUGAGCUCCCACUUCCCAGUGGAUGCAGGAGUAACCUGCUGAUUUCUCCCCAGAACAAAGUGCUAAACAUGUGCCCCACACAAGACUCCCAUGUGCAGGAGCAUGGAUGGAGCCAGGCUAUCAAAAGGACAUUUCAGACUGUGAAAGCAAGCUCCAGCUGGGGAAAACCAGAGAGUAAUGGCUAUUUAUGACUAUUUAUUUAAUUUAAUGCUGCUGACUACUGUACUGCUCCCUGACUUUUUCCCAGGGAGGCUGCUGAAAUGGCUGCUGUACCAAGAAAUUGAGGUGCUAGGGCCUGGGAAGGGCUUUCUGGGGCUCCUUUUCCCCACUGUGACUUGCCAGACUGUCCCAGAGUCCCCCUUCCCCCUCUUACUCAUUCCCACAAUUACUAAGCACACAGAAUUCCCCUGCUGCUGCGAUUUCCCUCUUCUAGAAUUUAAUUUCCAGCAGCAAGCAGGACGCACAGAGGAGUCCCUGGGAUCCAGCCUGCCAGGAAAGAGCACACUGCAAGAAGAGCCUGCAGUGUGGGGUCUCCUCCAGCUGCAGGCUGAGAAAUCAGAGAGGGUCACAGAUAAAUGCUGCUGAUCAGUGUUUGCUGCUCACAUUCUCCCUGUCAGGGAGGCAAGGAACCCUUUUUCUCCCCCUGAAUCCUUUCUCCUGUGCAGAUUUCCAGCUGCAGGCUCGGGAUGUUCCCUCAGGCUGAGCCCCAGGGACAGAACUGCACAAGCUCUGUUAAAUCAGUGUCAGGCCAGGCAGCUGUAGCAUCUCAACACUGAUAUUUGUCCCACCUGCACAUUAAAGUGGAUUUUUAAAUUGUUUGACACCCAUCCUGCCACUCAGCAAUGUGAAUUCCUGCAGUGGGAGCAGUGGGCACCAGGCAGAACCUGGUGCUGCAGUGUCCUCCACACUGAGGGAGGUUUCUCUUUGAGGUUCAGGGCUUUGGCUUUUUCUAGUUCUUUCUUUUUCCCACUUGGCAGCCAGUCUGCCUUGGAGUUGGAUGGGAUUCACAAUCUUGUUUUGCCUCUUGAUCUCUCACAGUAGUAAUAAAGAGGGGAAAAUCAGGGUCUUAAGGCACUAAGGGUGAGGGUUUAAAGAAAAUCUUGGAGUGUUUUCAGUCCCUCUGCAGAGCUGGGAUAGGAAUCAGCUGCCCCUGAGCAGUCCCAGCUGACAGGUUAAUUCCUUCUGGAGCCAGAGACAAUUUUGGAUUACAUUUCCUGGCGGGAUCAGUAACACUUUCUAGGAGUGAGAGGCCUGAAUAAUGUUACAGAGGGUGGUGCUUCCCCCAGCACUCACAGCCAAGCCAGGGUUUUGCUUCUCCCCUUGCUCACUCAUCAGAAAUCCCCCUGGAUUCUUUCCAGGUGCAUUUCCCCUCCCAGUCUGACCCUUCCACCUGCACAUCUGCUGGGGUUUGAUUUGCACCAUCUGAACAACCACCAAAACAGGGAUUUUUUUGAAUUAUAUUUAUUUUUUAAAAGGCAUUUCUCCAGCCAAGCAUGCAAAAGCAAUGCCAACAGCUUGUAGCCUAAAUCCUGCCAAGGAAGAUGCUUCCUGUUGGGAGGAGGGAGAAGGGGGAGGCUCUGAUCCACCAGUUUGUGACAUCCUCACUGAUCUUACAGUGGCACAACCUCAGCCCUGAUAAAUGCACACCUUAGCUUAUCUUAGAGUUCUGGCAGCUGGGAGUUGAGUCCUGGGUAAGUGCUGUGCAACCAGGCAUUCCCAGAGUAGAUACCAGAGGUUUCUACAGCAGCACCUGCCCGUGAAGCCUCUGAAGGACCAAAAACCAGGUUAUUCCAACCAAAAACCAGAUUAUCCCAAGGCAGGGGCACUGCUGGGCCUGCACAUUCCAGAGAGUAAAUAUGGGAAAAUAAAAGGCAGAGAGGCCCUUGCAGUGGGAAGGAGUUGGCUGUUAACAGGAUAAUGAGCUUUUUUGGGUGCUCUGCACUCCAGGCACUCUUCAGUGACAAAACUGUGCUAUGAACUCAUACUAACUGAUACUAACUUGUGUCUGAACCCUUCCUGCCUCCCUUUGGGACAGGAGAAGGGAGGCACAUGCCUUUGAUGUCCCCUGAGCUGCCUGUGUGACACAGAGGCUGCAUUUCCACCUCUGGCUGCUGUCCCUGUCUGCAGGUGACACCUGACCCUGCUUGGAUGCUUCUCAUCUUAAAACCAGAAACCUUGGGCACAGGAAACAUCUCUAGUACAGUGUGACCCUGGGUUAGAAGAGGAAAGGUUCAAAGCACAAGGCUUUGCUGGAUUUGGAGCCCUGAAGGCACAAAGCUGCCUCUGAGAUAACAGGGCAUGUACUGGGAGAUUCCCUCUAGGAAUGUUAAUCCUGGAAUGCUAAUCCUUGUCCUUAUCAGACAGCUUCAGCAGCUCACCUGCCUGUGGAUAAGGACAGACACUUCAGCCUCCUUGGCUCCUCAGCACUGUCCUGGUAGUCACAUAAGAGUUUAUUCUUACCUUUAUGCAAGAAGGUAGAAAUUUCUUUCCCAGAGAGUGGCUGGAGACACCUUUGGUCUGGGCACUUGAGACCUUUUGGAUUUGCUCUGGUGUGCUGCAGCAGCUGUUCUCCCCGGGAGCACAGGAACAAACUCCUGAUUUACAGCUGGAACUGUCUGGUUCCAUGUUCCACUGAAAAUCAGUCUUGAAAUCACUUUAAAGCAGCAGUGCCUGGCUCAGGGGAGGCAGCUCUGUCCUGUCUGCCCAGGCAGCUGCUGCCACCCCCAGCUCUGACAGAUCAGUGCUUUCUGCACUGCCUGCUCAGCUCCAAGGGGUUCUGCCCACGGAUCUCUGCCAGGCUGCCACCAACACAGCCCAUGGCACAGCCCCCUGGGCUCUGACUUCGUGUUUUCAGCCUCAACACCACUUAAAAUACUGACAGGGGCUUGCUUAAAACAGCUCAGAACAGACACUGGAACCAAAGUCCCUGAGGAAAGUGACACACAGAACACCUGGGCCAGGGUGGUUCCUGUGCUGAUUUUCCAGCCUGUUCCCCACUGGACAUGCUCUGAUCACUGAGGCUCACAGAACACCUCUGCCAGGGUGGUUCCUGUGCUCUCUGAGCUCUUGUGGCUCACAGAACACCUGGGCCAGGGUGGUUCCUGUGCGCUCAGAUCUCUUGUGGCUCACAGAACACCUGGGUCAGGGAGGUUCCUGUGCUCUCUGAGCUCUGUGGCUCACAGAACACCUGUGCCAGGGUGGUUCCUGUGCUGAUUUUCCAUCCUGUUCCCCACCAGACACGCUCUGAUCUCUGUGUUUGCAGUCUCUCCAGCACGAGUCUCUCUGUGCCAUAAAACCUCUCUUUUUCCAGAUGUGCACACUGGCCAAAUACUCUCGUGUCCUGGGUGACUGAUCAAGGCCAUUCCCUGAUCUAGGCAGACAGCAUGGGCUUCUCUUAGCAUGGAUCAUGGCAUGCCAUGCCCUCCUCCUCUCCCACACGUUUUGCAGUGCUUGCUAUGGCUUUUCCCUGUCCCCUCCCACCUCUGCUGCUGGACAAUCAUUACCUGUGUCAUAGAUGGUCUGACCUGGUGCUGUCCCUGCCUGCCUUCCCCUCCUGCAGUCUGUAUGCUCUUCAAGUGAAUGUGUUUUGUUUUAUUUUAUUUUAUUUUUUUCAGUAGGGAAAAGGACUUCCUUCUGCUGAAGGAAUUAUAUUUGCACAUGGCUCGGGGAGGUUCCUCCUCUGGCCGUUUCUGUUACCUCACUCAUUUAGGCCAAUUCCAUUGCUAACGUUAAAGGCCACCUUCCCUGCCCCAAACCCCGAGAGUAGGUAGGGAAUGAACCCCCAUGUGCAGCUCGGGUUCUGGAGCUGCCCAGUGGAAUCAGGACUUGGGAGAGCAGCUGUCACAGCUCCAUCCAGCAGGGAGCUGGAGCCUGUGCCACGCACAUCAUCCCCAUCUCCACCCGCUGGGAAAUGGCCCUUGGAGAGCAGGGAUGGAAGCACCGACCUGGCUCUGGGCUGGAUGUGGAGGGAGGGAAGAGCAGCAGAGCAGUAGCAACGUCACAACCUCCCACGAGCAGCCUGGGACAUCACCAUUCCAGUGGGAUUUCAUCUCCCAGGGCUGGAGAAUGCUGCUAUGAAACCCUGGGGCGUGUUGUCCCCACGCGGGUCCUGCAGCUCCUGUGCACAAGGGAUGAUGAACGAGGGUCUGCUCUCCUCCUACAACCACCACAGGCACCUGCUUCCCUGCUGGAAUCCCCUCCAGACCCGGGGCUCAUGGCUGAGGUGACUCUGGGGUGGGUGGGGGAAGGAUUGUGGGUUUGUUUUAGGAGUUGUCCCGACUGUCAGAAACUUUGCGCUGUGCGCAAAAAAAAAAAAAAAACAAACAAAACCACAAAAACAAAAGAAAACAAAAACCAAGCCGCGGUUCAAAGCGAUACUGGAACGUACGUGCUGGAAUGUAGGAAUUGUACAGGCUCUGCAGCCAAACUCCGUGUAAGUAGUUAGUACCAUGGAAGUACGGUAUCAAUUAAAAAAUCUAUCCAACAACCA